UCUAGAUUGUGACCGCGAUGCGCUUUUAUAGCAACCGUUGCCCUGUAAUCCAGCGCCAUAGUCACCGUAGUCGUGGCGACUGUAACCCACCAACAACAACAACAACCAGCACCUCGCACUCCAUCCUCACCGCCUCUGCCAUCCCCAUUUUCAUCUUCACACACCCUUCAGGCGCCAUGCAAACCCCAGAGGCGGGCGCUGACUCCUCGUCCACGGUGCCCCUCCAGACCAGCGUGCCUGUGCAGCCUGCUGUUACCACCCAGCAGGUGCCCACUCAGGUGCCCGUCCAGCAACAGGCACAGACUGUUCAACAGGUCCAGCAUGUGUACCCGUCCCAGGUGCAGUACGUAGAGGAGAACAGCGGCGUCUACACCAACGGAACCAUACGCACAUACUCGUACUCUGAGCCACAGCUGUACAGUCAGAACAGUAGCGGGAGCUACUUUGACACGCAAGGUGCCGCGCCCCAGGUGAGCACGGUGGUGACGACUCACAGCUUGGCCAACAGCAGCAGCACUAACGGCGGGCUGGCUAUGGGCCUCACAGGGGGUCAGAUCAUCAGCAGCUCAGGGGCCUACCUGAUCGGAGCCAACGCCAUGGAUGGCUCCGCCCCUCACACCGCAGCACAGACCACCAGGGCCUCUCCUGCUACGAUUGAAAUGGCGAUUGAGACGCUCCAAAAGUCUGAGGGUUUGUCCAGUCAGAGAAGUUCACUGCUCAACAGCCACCUUCAGUGGCUUCUGGAUAACUAUGAGACUGCAGAGGGGGUGAGUCUGCCUCGCUCCACACUCUACAGCCACUACCUACGCCACUGCCAGGAGCAGAAGCUCGAUCCGGUCAACGCCGCGUCGUUUGGUAAACUCAUCCGCUCCAUCUUCAUGGGCCUGCGCACGCGCCGCCUCGGAACCAGAGGGAACUCCAAGUAUCAUUAUUACGGGAUCCGCGUGAAGCCAGACUCGCCACUGAACCGGCUGCAGGAGGACAUGCAAUACAUGGCACUGCGGCAGCAGCCUGUGCAUCAGAAGCAGAGGUUCAAGUCUGUGCAGAAGGCAGAUGGCUUUUUAGGAGACAACUACCCGAGCAGCGGGCAUCACAAUCCCAACGCCGCUGAGCAGACAGUCCUCGCGCAGAGCCAGCACCAUCAGCAGUUCCUGGAUGCGUCUCGGGCCAUUCCUGAAUUUGUCGAACUCGAUCUCAAAGAGAACGGGGUGGAAGGUGUCAGCAUGGAGGACAUCAAAGCUCUUCAGAUACUGUACAGAGAGCACUGUGAGGCAAUCUUGGACGUAGUGGUAAACCUCCAGUUUAGCUUGAUAGAGAAGUUGUGGCAGACGUUCUGGCGCUAUUGUCCUACCAACUCGAUAGAGGGCAUCACCAUGACGGAAAACAGUGGAAUGAGCGAGAUUGAGGGGCGUCUGCCACGUGCCAGGCUGUUGCUGCUGUGCCAGAGCGAGGCUGUCCUAAAGUGGAUGAACACCUGCGAUCACCAGAUGUACCAGGCUCUAGUGGAGAUCCUCAUCCCUGAUGUCCUCAGACCCAUUCCUAGUGCCUUGACUCAAGCCAUCCGUAAUUUUGCCAAAAGCCUUGAGGGCUGGCUCACCAACGCCAUGAGCGCCAUUCCCCAGAAGAUGAUACAGACCAAGGUAUCCGCUGUUAGUGCCUUUGCGCAGACCCUGCGCAGAUACACGUCUCUGAACCACCUGGCCCAGGCAGCACGUGCUGUCCUGCAGAACACCUCACAGAUCAACCAGAUGCUCAAUGACUUGAACCGUGUGGACUUUGCCAACGUGCAGGAGCAGGCAUCCUGGGUCUGCCAGUGUGAGGAAGGCGUGGUGCAGCGACUCGAGCAGGACUUCAAGGCUACGCUGCAACAGCAGAGCUCCUUGGAGCAGUGGGCUGUCUGGCUUGACAACGUGGUCAGUCAGGUCCUAAAGCCCUACGAGGACAAGCAGAGUUUCCCGAAAGCGGCCCGCCAGUUCCUGCUCAAAUGGUCCUUCUACAGCUCGAUGGUGAUCAGAGACUUGACCCUGCGCAGUGCUGCUAGCUUCGGCUCCUUCCACCUGAUCAGGCUGCUCUACGACGAGUACAUGUUCUACCUGGUGGAGCACCGUGUCGCCCAGGCAACCGGAGAGACGCCCAUUGGGGUUAUGGGAGAGUUUGAUGACCUGAAUACCAUGUCGCCUACCAACGUUGAUAAAGAUGAAGUAAGCGAGAUGGACAGUGAGCUAGAUGAGGAGAUGCAGGAGGCAGGUGAGCUGCUGGCUAAGCAAGAGAAAACCGAGGCGGAGGUGAUUCAGGUGCUGCAGGUGGGGACUAUGGAGGACGGAAGCAGCGCCGUUGUGGGCGUGGUACAGCCGGACAUGCUGGGUACAAUGGGGGUGCAGCAGUCCACCAUACGUCACUGUGGUGGGACUGGGAAUGCCUAUGCCUCUGUGUGACAUUUUUUUCACCAGCUGUAGCUCAAUUAUGUGGGUUUUUUUCUCCUUCUCCCCCCCCCCCCCCCAGUUAGUCAUUUGCAUCUCAUCUUUCAACAGGGUCUGAUCACACCACUACAUCAGCAGAUGCUUCAGUCCUGCACUGCCAUUACAUGAUCAGUCCAUUAGCUUCAGAGCAACGGUGCUCAAUGUUAGGCCCAAGAACUCAAAUCCAAGCCACUAGCUCCAGAGGAAAAACAAACCACUGCAGCUCGACGUAUUUGUACCGUUUACCCAGUGUGGCUUUGUCUCAGAGUGAGUUGGAAAUCUUGCUGUGCAUUGUGCUGCUAUAACCUUGAGUGAGCCAGCCAGCCUCCUCCUUGCUGAAUCGGUCUCGUCUUACGAGAGGAUUCCUUUCACGUCCUCUAGUGCUGAGUUUUGCCGUUGUUGGUGGGGUUUUUGUUCGUUAUGGGCUGUUCCUACAGCUUCACGUUCUCUCUCACACACCUGUGCUGUCGUAAAACCGAGCUCAUGUCAGGGAUUUAAUGUACCUCGGGUUCAUGCUAGUGCCUUAACCCAGCAACAGCUUUUCUGUCUCGUCGAAGCCGCCUGCAUCGCGCCGAGGAAGGAUGCUCCUUUUCUACUGAACACUCGUUGCUAGAUAUCCAACACCUGAUAUCUACAUCUGGACUCGUGGCUAGAUUUGUAACCCGUUAUCAUUUAGUAAGGGAUUUGCGUCUGCAUGUCUUAAAGUUGUUUGUGUAAACGUCACCCUACCUCACACCAGUGGUGCCAGCCGUUGGACGAACGCCCCACGAGUUUUGAUGUGCGUUGCGUCACGUCGUACUGUUUAAUCUCGUUGAUCCAUCAGUCACUCCCUUUGUUACACACUGGAUAGCUGUACAGGGGAUCAAAAUUUGCUAUGAUAUACAAAACUAUAUAUUGCUAUAAAUAUCUAUAGAAAAUGAGUUUGUACUUUUGUGUUGUAUAGCUGAUUCUAAGCAGGUGGUGUUGCUUUUGUAGCUCUUUAUUUUGAUUGGUUGAUCUGUGCACUGACUGUAAUGCUGUUUUACUCAAUAGGAGAGUCGUGGGGCGGGCCGGAGUGUCCAGUUUAAAUAUUUUAAAACUGGAAACAAGUCUAUGGUGGCACUCCAAUUAAAAAAAAAAAAAGUGUAGACUGGUUUAUUAUUUUGGACUUGUCACAUGACGGAGGGGGAGAAGUGGUGGUCGUCGUCCCUGGAAAACAAUUGCCUCCCUCUGGAAGCGUGUAGACAAAAUUUAAUGUGUCAAUCAGGGUUGUGUGUAACUUCUGAAAGGGUUUCCCCCUCCCUUCAACUCAACCUGAGUGCAAUCUGUGAAAUGGACUGGAGGGGGAGGAACCUAUAAGGCAAAGAGCUGUUCGCCACUAAAUCUGACCAAAACUAAGACAGGAAAUGGAAAAAGUGGCAGAGAACUACACACCUCAGUUGACAUCUAGUUCCUAGGUUUUGUUUAAAUCUGGCUCCUUUGUAUGAAUGUGUGACGUUCUGUCGUAUCCUCUUGUGCCUGGAGAAGAGCUCUUAGCCAUUGGUUAGUUUUAAACAAAAGUGCUUUUGGUCUUGCAUGCUUUUUUUAUUGUGCUGCUAGAAUGUCAAGAUUUUGCUUUCUCUAUAUAUAGUGCACAUUUUUUUUGCCAUAUUAAGAAAUCUACUGUUUAAUUCAAUUUACAAAAAGACCCUUGUUUGUACGUCACACUGAAGUUGGCCUUGCUAGAUUUGAUGGCUGUGUCCUGAAUCACUUACUACUGCGUUAAAAGCAUUGAGGUCAAGUGUGAACUUACUGGAUGUUUUAUUUUAUUUAAAUAAAGUGGGUUAUUGAGGUGAACGAAUAGUCACUUCUCUGUUGGGAAGGGGGAAAAAAAUGAUGCAUGGCUAAUUUCUAAGCAGGAGCUUUUUUUAAAUAGCUCAGACAAACAGCUGGCCAGCAUUAGCUGUAUGUACAGCCAUUUAAGUGUCACACUUAAAAAAAAAAAUUGUUAGACAUCUUGGGUUGACUUAAAACAAAUGUUAAAUUAUUUUUGAAGCCAUUAAAAAGUCCAGCAAGUUUAGAUAAACAUUAGGGCUGUAACAAUACACCCGAAUCACGAUUUUUGACCCACGAUUCUAUACGCCCACAAUUUUUUUUUUAAAUGUUUUUUUUAAAAGUAGUAAAUUUGACUUAACAUUUACUUACUUACAUUAACUAUUUAAUAAUGAAUAAUAUGUAUGCAAAAAUGAACAAAUGUAUAUCCAAAGAUUGUUUUAUUUCUCAAAAUAAUACUGUUGAGCCGGAAGCUCUGUUUUUUUCGGUUCUGAAAGUCAUUUUUCCAAAUCGUGUAAAUCCGUUAAGAUUUUUUUUGGGGGGGUGGUUCUCUCACUGUCUCACUCUCAUUGGGCCAAUGAUUUUCUGUGAUCGCGGAAAACAGAUGGAAAUUACGGAAUUUUUAUGGUGAAACAUUGCUCGCGUGUCAAAAUGUAACUGCCGCAGAAGGCUUCCGCCCAAGCAGACAUGCCUUCAGUGUUGCCAGAUAUUGCUAACGUUUUCCACCCCAAAAUAUGUUCAAAACCAGCCAAAAAGCACCUAAACCCACCCAAUCUGGCAACACUGCAUGCCUUUCCGGUCAAGUGAUUGGCUUGUGGCACACCUAGCCAGCCAAUGAGCUGCUUGUUUACAGAUUCGCUCCCCGCGUCGCAACCAGAAUGGCGACCGCUUAAAAGAAAUGAAUGCUCUGCCAGUGGCGAGUGUGGACGUUGCGUGACUCGGAGGAGAUUGUCGCAGGUCGGCGAAAAAAUGACUUACUAAUAGAUAAAGUAAUUUAAGUAAGUUUAAAAUGUAAUUUAAAUAAAAAGUAAAGUAUUCAUAAAUUGAAGUUUGAAAGGGUGUAUCGCGAUACGGAUCGUGGCUCUGCGUAUCGCGAUUUCGAUACGCAUAUCGUUACAGCCCUAAUAAACACAUCUUCAAGUAUUGUGAUACUUUUAUCUACCCCUGACUGCCAACACCCAAGAGUGCUAAUUUAUUUUUAUCCCCCUCCCCCGAAUUAGAUUUAGGACACACCUUGCUAUAACAUGCAGUUUUUGGACAGAGCCAACCCUAACUGAUGUACACCUUGCAUCACUUAAAGACUGUGAAGAACACGUUAAACAUAUCAAACACCCUGAGCUGGAAUGAAUAGGAAAAGGCUCUUCUCGUUCUAGCAAGGCAGCUUCACUGCUAAAGAGACUUCAGUGCCUUCAAUUUCACCAAGACCUCCAGGAGCAGACAAAAAGUGUUUGCCCACUUCUGCAAAUUCUACAGUUGAGUUUAAGCUGCAUGCUCAAAACAAGGUCUGACAUCUACUAUUCAUCGUUAACUCGCACACCUACCGCAGAUAUGCACACACACGUUUAGAGGCACAGCCAUGACUUCAUUUCGCCAUUGUGGUGACUGAUAACUGUAUUAAUGGGAAACAGAAACCGUUUGGGAGUCUACCAAUAUGACCGCUGCACUAUCCCAGUCAUCACUUUUUCUUUCCUGUUUUAUUAUUUGUAGCGUGGUUGUGAUUGUUUAAUAUUUUAAGUGCCAUUUGACAGUUUACGUAGUGCGCCGUGGCCUGCUGUAGCGCGUUCUAAUGCAAGCACAAGCAUUGUGGUACUACCGAGCGACUCUGCUCGGAAAAGCAGUCAUAGUUGUAAAUACUGAGCUAAAACGAAUGGUUAUUUAUUUACUCACUCUUUCUUUAACCACUAAAGUGUACAUUGUGAUUCUUUUCUGCCCUCUUUCUCUUUUUUUUGGACAGUGUAUUGUACUUUACAUAUACAUACAAAUUGUAAUUUUUUUUUGUGUGUGUUCCAAUUUCUCUUUAGUAAAUUAUAUUCUCUGAAAAAUUGGUAAGAGCUAACCAAUACGUGUAGAGUGAUUUGUAUUGUGUAUUUUACAUGAAGGAUUGGGGGGAAAAAAAACUGGGGAACUUUUAUAUUUAUAAAAGCGUAUAUUAACAUUUAGUGUGUCGUUUACGAGGAAAAACAGAAGAAAUAUCAAGACACAUGUAGUUUGGAUUUUCUGAAUAUUUCAGACUUGAGCUCAGGCUAGCUUCUUAGUGUUGUUUACUUACUUGUGGCUUGUCUUUCAAU